CUCAAGUGCAAAAUCGGUUCUGUAAAACUUGAUAAAAAGCGAUAAAUUAUUAUAAUUGGCAGAACUACUCUUAAAAGUGCAAAUGACCGUCUUUAUCUUAAGUAGACUAAUUACACACGAGUAGUAGUGUAGCAGGAACAGGAAGCUCUUGAUGUCAUCGAUUGAAGCCAUUCCCUCUUUUGUAAUGCGCAUUCCCCUUGCCCUAUAUAGUACCACCCUUAACCACCAACCCAGCAGUAUAUAGCUUAUUGUAGGAGUGCUGUAGUAUAGUAAUCAAGAGCUGCUUCAUUGCUUUGCUGGACUCUGGCCUGUCCUCUUGAUUUGUAGUUAUGAGCACUGCUGUGGCUCUGCAGCUACCUAUAAACUCAAUGGAGACUAGCAAUCAAAUGAAUGAGGAGGGAUCUGGUGAUAAUGUAAUGGCUGAACUCCAAAGCAAGCUAAAAGGAAGAGGAAAGAUCAACCCAACACACACGACCAGUAUAAGAAUGUCAGGAGGGAGAGGAAAACAAGAAGAAAGUGUAGGAGAAGGGAGCUCCCAUAUCUUAAAAGAAGUCACUCUAAAGACACCUGUCCCACCAACACUAUUGCCUGAAGACACAAGCUCCUCAGGACCAGUGUCUGGUAAAAGUGUUAAGAUGAUGAAGCUGAGGAUAGAGAGCACUUCACCUGAUAUUGAGUCUCGUCAAUCAAGUGGUCAGAAUUACUCACCCAAUGACUGCAACCACACGCCUACCACUAUUCAGGUUGAUAUAACAGAGAGACCUGACAAUGUGGAAUCUCCAAACGAAAAUGAGAGAAAGAAGCCAAUGGUUUUUUCUGGUCACUCUUUAUCUUCUUCGUUUAUACAAGACUCAAAGUCAAAGGCAGAAUCUUCUCCCGUUAGAAAAUAUUCGGCUCCUCUAGAUAAAGCAACAUGCGUCGCUAAGAAUAAAGCUUCAAACCUCAGUGCUGUGACUAAAGGGAAAGGAGAUGGUGUUUCUGAUGAGGGAGGCGUGGGAGUCAGAGAGCUGGCACGUAUAUUCAGUGCUCGGAGUAAAGAGACUUCAAAGGAGAAAGUGACCGGUUUACAUCGAAAGACUGUACCAAAAGGUAUACAUUGGUCGGCCAGUAGCCAGUCCUCUCUUACACCAGUAGUGGGUGAUAGAUUGGGUGCUACUCCUGGUGAGAAAGGCAAGGCUGAUCAAGAAUGCAAACAGGAUGACAGCUGUGUUAAGAGCAAUUUCUCAAGCAAAACAGUCAAAGAACAACUGACGACUGUAUCGCCCAAGAAAAACGAUUCUCAUUACGAGAACAUGUUCGCUGGCGAUUGGACGUCACCAACUAAACCCUCACCCAGCCAACCCUCUAAUGGAUCGGAGAAAGGAGCAAGGAGGCCAGUGCCAACACCUCGUAAGAGUACCUCACCUUCUGCCUCCAGCGCAAAUGAAUACCUCAAAGAAGAAAGAUCAGACUCGUCAGAAGGAGAGAGUGAAGAUGAGGAGUAUGUCUAUGAACUGAUAGAGGAGCUCAGGAAGAAUAGAGAUAGAGGCACAAAGGACCCGAAUUGUCAUAAUUUGAAGAAACUUCAGUCAGAGCUAGAGUUACUAGAGGGUAUUAUCAGCCUUCCUCCCCUAGGAGAGGAUAAAGAGAGUGCAGAAACAAGAGAAGCAGUGGACCCACACACUACAGGCAAGAAUAAAGCAAAAGUGAGCAAGUCUAGUAGCAGUGCUUCUUCUAUUGCAAAGCGUAACACACCAAAGCUGCUCAAGGAAUUGAGGAAAGGUGUGGUCACUGAUGUAGAGAAACCUUUGGAAGAAGAAUACAUCACAAUGAGUUCCAUUCGUCCAUUAAUGCUAACACUAAGCAGCACUCAAGAAGAAAGCGAGUAUCAUACACCAGUGAUACCUACUAACAAAACUAACAGCAAGACUUCACUGAAUAGUAAUGCAGGAUCACCAACAAGAACACCAAGUAAUGCAAUGAGAGGCAAUGUCACUGCUUCUCCCGUUAAUGUACGACCAAGCAGUAGCCUAAAAGAAGAGAAGGAGGAGAAUAAAGAACAGAACAAGUACUUGACAAUGAAACGUCCUACGGAAGAAGAAGAGAUGAGCAGAGGAGAGGAACAAAACCAGUACAUGACAAUGAGGCAUCCCUCCGUUUUACUGAAACCAGUGACACAGCAAGGAGGAGGAGGAGGAGCUGGGAAAGGAUUGUCAGACUGGAAGAGAAGCCAAGGCUCAAUUUUUGCAUCAGAAAUGAUUAAUUUCAUGGAUCAACAGGAGAGCCUCUAUUGCAAGAUACCAGAGAGACGACCAAUCACACUCGAUGAUAUAUCCUGCCCUACUACCGAAUCAUUAUCAGACGACACUACAAGUGAGAAAUACAUUGACGUGUGCAAUAUUCCUUUCAAGCCACACCCAUCUCCUGUAAAACAGACCACGCCCAUUAGCUCCAGGCAUCAGUUUCCUCCUCCCAUUCCUAAUCGUCCUCUCGUUGGACCAGCAGCUCCUAAAAUAACAAGGUCAAAUCCAAUAUUUUCAUCAAAAGUGGGUAAGGACUCCAUCCAUUUUACAGGUGGGGAUUUUCCGCCUCCACUUUUGCCUCCAAAGUCUGAAAGUCUUUUGAGAGAGCAGGGAAUAUUUGAGCCUUCAAAGAGUCCUCCACUAGUGGGAGGGAAAGGAGGAGGAAAGGUAAAAUCAAAAAGUGAAAAGAAAGCGGGCAGAAUCAUCAACAGGUCUCCUAUACUUGAAGCUCCUCCAAAACCAGACAGUGCAAAGAACUUGAUACGAGCAUUAAAGAAAGAAGCAUUUGCCACCAAAUCAAAUCCUGAGCCUCGUAGGCCACUUCCUCUUCCAGCUUCAGCGUCGGUUUCCUCUCGUAAGACAAGUGAAGCAGUAAUGCCUGACUGUACCUCACUUGAUAGUAAAAGCACUCCAUUGCAGCAUGCCACAUCAUCUCCCAACUUCCUGUUAGUAAACAAGCCUUCAUCUCCCAUACCUAUAGCAGCUUCAGUUCCAACUGACACUCCAAAACUCUCCCUACUCUCUGGCUCCUCUCCUCCUCUUCCUCUUUUUUCUUCAUCUCCUGGUUUUGAGCGAAAAGGCGUCGUGAGGCGUAAACAGAAUAAAAAAGCUGCUGAUAUCAGUCGCAAGAUAAACCGUGACUCACUAGCAGUUAUACUGUGCAAUAAAGACAUCAUAACAGAGCAACUGAAGCAGAAGAGCAUUGAUAGGAAAGAAACUAGAGCUGAUUGGCUAAGUUCAUCUCCCUCACACUCUCCCCAGAAAGACACUCUCGUUCAUUCACUAGGACAGAUACUUGUAGAUAUAUCAUCACUCCUUGAUGAUAAGGAAGAUCAUUUGAAAGAUGACGGAGCAAAUGAUGAGGAUUCACUUGUUGAUCUGAUUGAGAGUGAACUGAACGUUGCGCUACACAAUAACCCGUCAUACACCACCAGCUUCAAUAACGUUAACUCUACUGAGGAAGAUGAAGACUACAAUGUUGUCAUUACUGAUAAAGAUGUACAAGAUGUUGUCAAGUACUUUGACGAGAAUCGGUCUGAUGAGAGUGCGACUGAUGAUUUUGACUCUCCAAGAGCUCAAAACAAAGCUGCAUUGUCCCGUUCAUUCAGUGAUGCAAUGCUGAUAGACUCUCCUGAUGACAUACUUCGCUCAGACAGUGUCUCCUCUCUGCCUGAUACUAAUGACCACAGUUCAUCACCUUCCGAUGAAGAAUACAUGGAAAUACUUGAUGUCAGUAAAUCCAUUACUGUAGCUGCAGAGAAGCUUGCUAUAAGGCGUGGCAGUUCCAUUAACGCUCCUCUAAUGCCGUCAGACAGGAAGCACUCGCUACCUAAUGGAGUUGGUUAUUUUACUAGUUCAGGCGGUAUUAUUACUAGUAAGACAAGUGGAGUUGUUGUUGAAGUGCCUCCUGGGGUUGUACCCAAAGGAAGGAGACAGAAACUAUGGUUUGAAGUCCAUCAAAGCGUGUAUAGGGACACUGAUCCUGAAGAUGCAUAUUCUGCAUUUUCAAACCCAGGCAAUGAGAGUAAAUCAGAUAAUAUGAAAAAGAAAGAGAGUAAGAUACAACUGAGUCCUAUAGUGUUCAUUGGUCCGCCUGAUGCGAUACUUCGUAAACCAUUAAAGAUUAACAUACCUCACUGUGUGCCUACUGAUACAAGUGCAUGGCAUGUCAAGAUUCAAGGGCGUGGUCACAACAGUCGUUCCGAUGAGUGGGUGUCAUUAACUCAAGCCUCUGGUCAUUUUCUUCCAAGACCAGGAACUAACAAGAAGAGUUUUAAAAAUUCGACUUAUCAGAUUCACCCAAACUAUGCCAGGAUAAAAACGAAGAUACCUGGCUGUUUCAGGCUUGUUGGUCGUCCUAUUGCACAGAAUCCUAAUAAAGUAGUAAAGAAGAUGGUUUGUUCAAUAUACACAGAAACACAAAGAGAAUCAUCAGUUGAUGAUAUGCCCACUAGAGUCAAAGUCUUUUUUGUUAAUGCAGUACUAGACUCAGUCGAGGCUCUUGACAGAGCUCUUACUAGUGAGGGGUACUCAUGCUUAGAGAGAAAUAUACCAAUGGUUGUAUAUGGCAACAAGACUGAUCUUGAAGUAUCCAUCAUCACUGAGACCUUCCAGCAGAAAAGAACCAUCUUGCACUCACAGGUUAUUCCAUAUGCAAUGUUUUGGAGAGCCACGCGAAUUGGAAGUGCUCGAAUUACUCUUGAUGUUGAUGGUGCAAUAUUGAAAAGAAACAAGCUUCUAAAAUUAACAGUUUCCCAGUCAAGCAUGGAAACACUUGAGAUGGAGUUUAUGCUACCCUGAGGAUCAUUCAUUUAAAUGACACUUUGCAUGUUACACUCAUUUUUCUGUUGUUUUUCUGUUAUUUUUGUCACAGUUAUUAUUUAUUAUAACAAUUAGAUUUAACAUAACUAGCCCUGCCUCGAUGAAGUUCAAAGCCAGAGCAUGUGUUCUCACCUUAUUCUCGUUUCUGUUCUUUCUCUUUGUUUCUUAUUUCAUUCUUUUCACUUCAAAAGGUAAUAAAUGUAUUAUGCUUUAAAUAUUUGGCUGCAAACAUAAAAAUACUCUAAAAUAA